AUGCAAGAUCUAGAAGUAUUCUUAAGUAUUUUUGCCUUCACCUUCGUCUUCUACUUUGGUGCUCAUAGAACAGUCAUGAAGAGAAAUAAGAGCGAUGUGCCAUACUUGCAAUGA